AGGAGAAAUUCAGUUGCGAGUAUCGCGUCGCGGGGCAACUGGGGCAACCGAUGGGAGUUCCUUUUAUCGUGUGUAGGCCUCUCGGUGGGCAUCGGAAACGUGUGGAGGUUCCCUUACCUCGCCUACAAGAACGGAGGAGGGGCCUUCCUCAUCCCGUACCUGGUGAUGCUGAUGUUGGUUGGGAAACCGAUGUACUUCAUGGAGUUGGCUUUCGGACAAUUUGCGGGACAAGGCCCACUGACCAUCUGGGCUUGCUCUCCUAUUUGCAAAGGGGUCGGCAUGGCCAUGAUCAUUUCAUCUCUGAUCGUCUGCGUUUACUACAACGUGGUGAUGUCGUACACCCUGCACUUCAUGGCAGCCGCCUUCCAGAGUGAAGUUCCAUGGGAGAAAUGCGCUCCCGAGUGGAACGGAACUUGUUUCGUUCGAUCUGAGGCCGCCAAAGGCACCAACGCGACUUUCAAUCUCACCGGACUAUCGCCAUCGAGUCAACUCUACUGGGAGCGCACCGUGCUUGACAUCAGUAGCGGCAUCGAAGACCUGAAUGGGAUCAAAUGGGACCUUGCACUAUGUCUUUUCAUAUCCUGGGUGAUCGUGAUCGCCUGUUUGCUCAAAGGAAUAAAAACUUCCGGCAAGGUGGUUUAUUUCGCGGCGACCUUCCCAUACGUGAUUCUCCUUACUUUGAUGGUCACCGGACUAGUUCAAGAAGGCGCUAUGAACGGCGUACUGUACUUUAUCACUCCAGACUUCAACAAACUCCUCAGCAUCGAGGUGUGGCAAGCGGCUGCUGGGCAAAUGUUUUUCUCCCUCGGAGUUUCUGGAGGUGGCCUGAUCAUGUACUCUUCCUACAAUCAGUUCCGCAACAACGUAUUCCGCGACGCCAUGAUCGUGUCAAUUUUGGACACAGUGACAUCGAUUAUCGCCGGCUUGGUCAUCUUCUCGGUUCUUGGUGCCAUGGCUCAUGAGCUGGGCGUCAAGGUGGAAGAUGUCGUCCAAGGAGGACCAGGCUUGGCUUUUGUCGCCUAUCCCGAGGCUCUGGCCAGACUCCCGUGUCCCCAGCUGUGGUCCGUACUUUUCUUCCUCAUGCUCUUCAUCCUUGGCCUGGACAGUGAGUUCGCUCUCCUAGAAAACUUCUUGACAGGCAUCGCUGACCAGGUUCCUUUUCUCCGACGACACAAAAUGCCCUUCACGAUAGUCACCGGGGUCUGCUGUUUCAUCUUCGGUCUUCCAUUCGUGACUCGCGGUGGUCAAUAUGUUCUCGAAAUCAUGGAUAAAUACGGUGGCAGCACAGCGCUGAUAUUCAUCGCCAUCUGUGAAUGCAUCGCCAUUUCCUGGAUGUACGGCUAUCUCAAUAUCUCGAACGACAUUUACUUCAUGCUCAACAAACGACUCGGUCCUUACUGGAAGUGGACCUGGUGCUUCACGGCACCGAUCAUACUUUUCGUGGUGUUCACGCUGGCGGUAUCGGACGCCGCGCGGCCCGUGACUUACGGAUCGUACGUCUAUCCAUCGUGGGCUAACGCGAUGGGUUGGUGCGUGGCACUGUGUGCCAUGCUCCAAAUUCCAAUCUGGGCCAUUAUCCAGGUCUGUCGCGUCAAGGAAGCGGACUCCAUAACGGAGCGGAUCCUGAAAGCAGCGAGGCCCUCCUCAAAAUGGGGGCCCUCGGACAAGACCCUUAUCCAAGACUGGAGAGAAGACACUGGACGCAAUGAGACCUCCUCAAAGGCCCGGGAAGGAAGGACCACCAAGGUCCAGCUGACAAGCUACGCGGUCAAUACGAAUGGUGGUAUGGAGAACGCAGUAUGCACGAUUAGCGACGAGCGAACACGGUCUGCGACCACCAAUGGCAAUGCCACUGGCGGCAACAGACCCUCAAACGGGCUCUCACGCACUAAGAUCUUCUGCCUGGGCUCGGCAGCGCUGAUCAUAGUCGCUCUAUGCAUCAUUAUCCCGAUCGUCCUGAACGAGACGAGCAACAGUUCGAAGCCGAGCAACACCACCAGCACACGGGGCUCUUCCAUAGCAGAAUCACUUGUAACGGCGGCGUUGCCAGCGUCGCCGGUGAUGAGCACCGAACCGACGCAGCCUGAGCUGCCAAAGACAAAUUCGGCAGCGGAAACGACACAUAUGGACGAAGUCCCCAAUGUUGACCAGAUGAGCUCGGUUCCAGAAGCGAACCCACCUGCGAGCCUACCUGAUGUUCCAAAAGAUUCAGAGCAGCCAACCGCGGCCGUGACGGAGGCACUGCACACAACUCCCGACCUGCCCGGAAUCGGAUCAACAACCCACGAUAACGCAGGACUGACCAACCCGGACGGCAUGUAUUCCUUGCCGCCAAUGGUCGGUCCCACGGGAGCCGGAGAUCUGCAAGAUACACAAGCACCCGCGGUGGAGUUUUCCGCACCGCCUGAUCAGCAAGGGGACAUGAGCGUUCCCCCGGCAGUCCAAGGUUCCACUCUCCCUGAAUCUCCAGCGACUUUCUCUGAACCCGUAGCGAGUUCCGCGAACAUACCCAUGACGCCGGAAGUGUGA